UCCACCAAAAGAAAUCUCUCCCCCUCAAAACCCGCCGCCGCCGCCCUCGCCCUCCACCACCCACUGAGAGAGAUGAGAGAUGGUGGGUUUAAGCAUAGUUUUGGAAACCCAAAAGGGUGUUACUAACCAUGACAAGAAAACCCCACAAGUCAUCAACAAAGCCACCAUGAUCAUCAACAACAACAAAAGCAAAACGUCUCCUUUUUCUUCAACUUCAAAGAGAGUUUCUCAGUCCAUAUCCUUCCCUGUACCGCCUUUUCUUGAGCAUUGUUUUCUUUGCAGACAGAAGCUCUUACCUGGAAAGGACAUCUACAUGUACAAAGGGGACAGGGCUUUUUGUAGCGUGGCGUGCCGGUGCAGGCAGAUAUUUAUGGACGAGGAAGAGAAUCCAAGUAAAGAGAACUGUUCAUUGGCUGCUAUGAAGCCAACCUCUGCAUCUGCUGCUGCUUCUUCUUCUUCACCUUCUGGUUCUCGUAACCGCAACAAAGGGCCCAGAAACCGAACCGGUGGUUUUGCAUACUGAGAGAGAGCGCAGAAACUGAAAAUGAAAAUUGGUUUUUGGGGCUUUCUGGAAUUUUGUUCGUGUUUGACCCCUGUUUGUUUUUGUAAGGACUUGCAUGUCCUCUGUUGUUUUUGUCACCUGGAAUGAAGCGAGAGAGGGGCAUUCUAACCUUUGUCUCCUCCAAUUACUCUUGCAUGGCAUUUUGCCACCCUUUGAGGGUAUUUGUGGAAAGUUAUUAACACAUGCUUAAACAUGCUUGAUUACUGAGACAAUGAUGUCAGGAUUUAUGAGUUUAAGGCAUUAUGAGAGUCAUCAUUUUCUUGGUAUAAUCACUAGUGUUGUCUUCUUCUUUCACUACAUGACACAACUGUACGAAGUUUUUUUUGUUU